AUGGGGCUCCAACCUAGCCGAGACUACGCGAGCACCCAAGAUUACAAAAUCCUCUUCAAAUCACAAGCGUGUUUGCUUUGCGGUCUCCGCCAGCCCGCACGCUGCCGUGGCUCCGGCCCGGCCGAGCGGGGCCGGCAGGACGAGGCUCCCCUCGCACGCCAGCUCUCGUUCUCCCGGGCAACCCGCCCCUCGCCCCCCAGGCCCCUGCGCCCGCCGCUGUCGGCAACGCUUCCCCGCGCCUGCAUUCUCGCCGCCUCGCUGCGUGUGGAUGUCGGGAGCGCUAAGCGGAGCUGCCUGCUGCGAGAACUGCACCGCUUCGAGUCCAUCGCCAUCGCCCAAGACCCCAUAUCAGCUAGGGGAAGCUGUCAGCAAUAUGGGGAGACCUGGGCACAUCAAGAACCAAAUGGGGCCUGUUCCUCAGCCCAUUCCCAGGCCUACCACCAGAAGGAUGCAGUUCCAUCAACUAAUUGCCCUAGCGCGAAAUAUGACAGGACACACUAUCUGUGGCCUCCGCUAAUGGCAGAGGCUACAGGGAAACCCAUCCUUUGCUGUGGCUGCUACGCUGAAGGACGGUCCUCAGCAUCCAGAUAUCCUAAACCACUGGUACCACUUGAGAAGCCGGCGAAGGAGGUAGUAUCACCAGAGACAACCAGUACUUUUGAGAAGUUGGAGGUUGCACCACCAUCUCCAGGACAACUGAAACAUGUGUUCUUCCACAAUGCAUUACCUUUUGUAGGGUUUGGAUUUUUGGAUAACGCAAUUAUGAUUGCUGCGGGAACCCAAAUAGAGUUGUCAAUUGGAGUUGUCCUAGGAAUUUCAACUAUGGCAGCUGCAGCUUUGGGAAACCUUGUUUCAGAUUUAGCUGGACUGGGUCUUGCAGGUUACGUAGAAGCUUUAGCUUCACGGCUGGGUCUGUCAAUCCCUGAUCUGACACCCAAACAAGCUGAUAUGUGGCAAACGCGUCUCAGUGCACACUUGGGUAAAGCUAUUGGAGUGACCAUUGGCUGCAUUUUAGGAAUGUUUCCUUUGUUGUUCUUUGGCGAUGAGGAAGAAAAACUGGAAGAAAAAAAUUAACCUUUUUACAAGACAUAUACAAAUGUAAACUACUGUACCUCAAUUAUUCAAUUAUGCUGUCAAUAUUUAGGAAUUAACAGACAGUAAAAAAAUGUAUAGACUUGGGAACAAAACCUUCAGCAUGUCGUUUUAUGGAAACACUAAUUUAUUGUGGCUUUGUUGUGUUCAGUACUUCUUUUUAUAAGAUAUCAUCUAACUUUUUAUUUAAUUGUAAAUUUUUGAAGUGUUUUCACUUAUGGCAACUGGUGUUUACCACUUUCCCCUUUGACCUUAUUCUUUAAUGGAGUAUUAGUUUAAUAAUCCACCGUGGAUGACAGUACCACUCUUCAGUUGCAUAUUGGUUGCUUAACAGUUGUAAUUGCAUGACAAAAAAUUCACUGCUGUUCGUCAGGUCCUUCAAUACAGAUUAUUAAGGAGGUCAGUGAUGAGUAAUUUGACUGCUUGCCCCCUCACCAGCCAUCGUUUUGCACUGCCUUUCGACUAGAUAUUUCAGCGAUCUAUGACAGUCUAGUUUGCAUUUUUUUCACGAUUCUAAAUGUCUCUGAAUUGUCUUCUGAGAUGAUAAUUUUAAUGCUUUGACAAGGUAAGUGUUUCCAGUGUAGGCUCUUUACCAAGUCCAUUUUUUUAGUGGUGUUAUAACACCUUUUGUACUUCCAUAUUCAUGCCUUUUUUUCCUUUGUAAACAAUAUUUUGAGAACUGAGUUGAGAGAUCCUUAAGUUUGUCGUCCUGAGUUUUGAGCGUGGUAUUAAAGAAUUCAGACCAACUGUUUCAAAACCACAAACAACUUGUUUUACUGUUCUGCUUAAAACAAGGUGUGAAUAGUUGAUUGGGUGGAUGAGGCUGGGAACCCUUCAGGGUAUGAAUGAGUGCUGGCAUUGCAAGUUUGUAAUGGGUGGUUCAGUUGAAACAAUAUAAAGUGUAUCAUCAGUCUGGAUUAGAAGGACCUGAUUGCACAUAGUAACUUUAUAUUUAAGAUUAAGCCUUUGCUACUUUUUUUUUGCUGUGAGACAAUUAGUAAAAAAAAAACCCCAAACAACAAAAAAAAGGAGACUUGAGGCCUUUUUCCUUUUUUGCCUUUUAUUUUUGCAGUCUUACUUGGUGUAUUAGAGAUCUGACAGUGCAGUCACAUGUAACUGUGCUUUUUUUAUAUGGUCAUGAAUAAAUUGAUUACAACUAUUGAAUAUUCAUAAUACUUCAGGAUCUGACUUGCCAAUAGCGUAAUGCUAAGCUGAUAACUGUUGAUUAGAGGAGAGGGUUUCUUACCUGUUUGAAUACCAUUUGGAAAAGACACUAAAAAGAGAGGCACAGGCAGGGCACUUUGAAAGUUUUAUUGCUGGAAUUGUUAGCACUUCUGAAACCUAGAAAGAAAUGUUUAAAAAAAAAAAAAUUAAGUCCCCUGAUGACUUUUAUUUGCUAUAGGAAAAGUCUUAUUGUAACGCGUACAUUUUACAGAGCUCACUGCUUAUUUGUUGGUCGUAAAUCUGACUUCUCUGUCCUCAUUUCUAGAAGCCCUUUAACAGCAGUACUGAAACUUUGACAUCAACCUUUAAGGAAGGUGACAGUGUUGUAUCUGUUUUUUUGAAAAGCAGACUUUGAAAACUUGCAGUGAGUAGUCCUAGUAGCAUGUACUGUACUUUGUACGUUAAACCAUGAGAAUCUGGACCAAACUGUAAAACUGAAAGAAAUCUCAGCCAGGCAUAGAACACAAAUGCAGAAGAGUUUUGGCUUGCAUUUUCAAAGUUGGAAGCUUUAUUUAAAAAAAACAAAAAAAACCAAAAAAACCCAACAAAACAAAAAAAAACCCACAAAACUGAACUAAAACAAACAACAAAAAAACCUCCAACCACAAAAAAACCCCACACAAACCAGUCCUGCUAGAAAAUUAUGCACUCUUUCCCCAACAGAUUGCUGCUGGUUUACAGUACUUCAGUGAUCUCUUUUUUUUUUUUUCUCAUCCACACAUUUGUCUUGCCUUAAACUCUAACUUUUCUUCCUCUGCAUGUACUGUUGUUUCUGGUAUGUUUGUAUACAAAGCUGUAAGCAUUUCCCACAUGUUCUUUUUUUAAACCGAAGUACACAUCAAAGCAAUUUUGCAUAGUUUUUUUUGUAGCUGUUUUUACAGUAAUUCCAACACUGUUUCCCAUUAUGACACUGGCAUCUUCAUUGGAAUCUUCCAGCAGUGGCCAAACCUCUGUUCUUUGCCGUCAUACCAAAUGGAACACUGUUUUCAUCCCUUUUUUUAGAGCUUGUGAGAACAAUCAGAAGUCUGUGUCAGCUGUCAUAGUAGUGUUCAUUUUCUAAUGACAAUAGGAAAGACCAUGUACUGUUGUUAAAUAGCUUGUGCAUGUAAAUUGAGUAUGUUUUGUUGCUGUAUGUCAAACUAUUGUACUGCAACCAAUGCUUUUUAUCGAGAAUUAAUGAACUAAAAUAUCUUCAAAGAAUCAUGUGUCGUCUUGUUAAACUAUUUAGCUAACCACAAAAAUGUGGAGGGCAAGUGACACAUGGUAAGAAAUCUUGGGUGUUUCAGGCUGUUGUCUGAUACCAUAAUCAAGAAGGUGACUUCUAGGGUUUCAAUAUUUGACAAACGUGAAGAAAUAACUCGUGAUUUCAGAGGAAUAGUGGCUCUGCUGGAGGCUGAGAGAAAGUGCUUGUUGGGGCCAAGCUGCCACCCUGAGUACAGUAGGGGUAGCUUGCUUUGCCUGCAGGAUCCACUCUUGCGUGGAUGUGGUAAUGCUUUGCGUGGAAGGGAAGAUCUGUUCCUGAUCUGUACUCUGUCUCCUUACAAGGAGGGUGGGUUUUUCUGGGGUAUAUGGAUGAAAGUAAUCCUUGAUGCUCUGAUCAAACUGCUUAAAACACUUAACUUGAGAAGACAGAGCACUAACAAAACACUCCUCUUUGUUUUCUGUUGUCUUCUCCCUCCUCGAUAAAAGGAAAAACAAACACUACAGGCUUAUUCAGAGACUUCAGUAUUGCUCUGUUUUUUUGAUUCUAUAGUUUGUCCUGUGUUAACAGGAAUUUUUCACGUUAAAGGGCUGGUAGACCUGAAAUUGUGUUUAUUUUAAAAUGCUGUCUUACUGUAACUUAAAAUAUAAAUGUAUUUUUGACUGUAUGUUAUCUCUAGGGACAAAGAACAUGCAUCUGAUAAUACGGUUACCCAAAUCUCCUCACCAAUCUCUUCUCAUUCAUGUACUUUUACAUAAAUUAUUUGAAUUCAGACAACAUAUUUUGUAUUGUCUUUAAUUAAAUUGUCAAACUUUCUGUAAACUUUUGUACUACAGCAAAGCUGUUCUGUGUUUCUUUAUUAGACCAGAUGCUGGAGGUCAAAUGUUAAUAAUAUCCUGUGGGUAUUCAGCCUCAGUUAUACAAAACAGGAAUUUAUCACUUAAGUUAUAAGCAGGUGGUCCUUUGUCACUGUCAUAGGAGAUACCACUGUGGAGUGGUACUUCUGUCUCUUCAUGCUUGGAAGAGAGCAAUUUAAACAAUUAAAAUGUUUGCAUGGUAAAUUGGUGGCAUUUGUGAUUAAUAUUACUCAGAAGUCCACUUGCACUUGAACUUCUGGAAUUAACUGAGUUUUUGUAUGCAAACAGCCUUUUUCAACUUUCCUGGACUUUGGAGCUCUUCACUUUUUUUUUCCACUCCUUGGUCAGUCCCUUUUGUGGAUGUCUGUGCAUAAAGAAGGGCUGCGAGUAAAACAUCUAUACUGGAAGGAUGGUCUCAUCUCCUUUUGAGAACCUGUGUAGGUUGGCUGUUACUUUAUUCUGAUUGCAUUGUGGAGUAGAACUUUUCAUUAAUGUUGUUCAGAGAGUCUAUCACACUUCUAGCCAAUGUGUUUCCCUCUUCUGUCUGAUGUUUUACAUGGUCUAGUGACAAGCUGACAGAGUGGCGGUAUAUAAACUAAAGACCUUAAUAAAGUAUUGAGGAAUUGUCAUCCU